AUGGACGCUGACCAUCCGUCACAUCCAGAUGUUACAGGAUCAUGGCGUCGUCGCGCCCGAUGGGCGCCCGCCCGAUGGACGCUCGCCAUCUCUGGCCGCUCCCGCUGGACGCUGGCUCAGGACAGCCCUUCGGGCAGCUCUGGGCCAGAGCCGCCGCAGGGCGUGCCGCAGUGCUGGCGCGUGGCCUGUGGGUCCAAAGGCCGCUGGAGGCAGCCGCACCGCCCUCAGGCACCCCACGGCUGCGAGACGAGGACGGUCGUGGCAGCGGCGACGUCCGCGGCCAUGCAGCUCGAGGCCCUGCCGGGCGGCGCGUCGGUCCGGACCGGCGCCGCGGGCGCCCCGUGGGCGGUCAGCUCGUUCCUCUCCGGCUUCGCGUGCCUCGCCAGAUGCAUCCGCACGACGCUGACGGGCGCGGGCACGCAGCUCAAGGAAGUCGUCCAGGGCCUCACGGCCUUGAUCGGGGAGCCACCGCGGCGACCUUUCGAGGAGAGCGCCGCAGGGAUGCUGGUCUGGGCGUACGAUGCUGCCCUCGUGUGCCUCAUCGUCGCCACGUGCCUCUUCGCACUGGGCUUCGCAACAAUGCCGCCGCAGCAGUGCGGCAUGGGCAGGGCGUCGGGGGUCCUCGGCUCGGGGGACGUUCGGGAGUUCGGGCGGCUCAAAGACACAUGGAUGCUCAUGACAGUCGCCUUGAUCGUGCUCUUGGGCGCCUUGCUCGGCAUGAAGAGCCCGCUCGUCUCCGCGCUCAUCUGCGGCCUGUGA